AUGGGAGUGAUACAGCUUCCCAACCCAUUUAGGAUCCUGUGUUUUUCUUUUCAGUCUAUCCUCGUUCUGCUUCAACAGAGUACUGCAGAAAGAGAACUGAAGUUUGUGGUUGUAGUUUUCCGACACGGUGACCGAACACCAGUUGUAAACUUUCCAACUGAUCUACACAAAGAAAGUGAAUGGCCCCAGGGAUUUGGACAACUUACCAAGACUGGAAUGCAGCAGCUAUUUGAACUUGGACAGUACACGAGGGAAAGAUACUCCAACUUUCUGAACAGCACAUACAACCGGCAAGAGUUUUACAUCCAAAGUACAGAUUAUGAUCGCACCAUUAUGAGUGCCCAGUCAUACCUUUCUGGCCUCUUUCCACCAACUAGCAGCCAAAUUUGGAACCCUGAGCUUCUCUGGCAACCCAUUCCAGUUCAUAUUUUGCAAAAAUCAACAGACCGGAGGCUGCAUUUUCCUCUGCCUGACUGUCCCCUUUUUGAUGAACUUCAGAAUGAAACACAAACAUCUAGUGAAUUUCAAAAUAGAAUACAACCAUACAUGGAUUUUUUACAAACAGUGGCAGUUAACACAGGACUUGAACUAAAUCAUCUUAAAAUACUGGACAAUUUCCAGCUCUGGAAUACAUAUGAUACUCUACACUGUGAGGCUAUUCACAAUUAUACUCUCCCUGUAUGGGCCACCAAAGAUGUAAUCGACAAGCUGGAAAAACUGGCAGAAUUGUCCUUACUGUCGCUAUUUGGGCUUUAUAAAACAGAAGAGAAAUCACGACUACAAGGAGGUGUCCUUGUAAAUGUUAUUUUAAAUAGUAUUAAACAAGCUGCCAAUUCUUCAAAACAAAGAAGAAUGGAGGUCUACUCUGCACAUGACACCACAGUUGGGGCCCUACAGAUUGCUCUCAAUAUUUUCAAUGGAAAACUGCCACCAUACGCUGCUUGCCAGUUUUUUGAACUCUACCAAGAAAGCAGUGGGCGAUAUAGCAUUGAAAUGCAUUAUCGGAAUGACUCUUCAAAGGAUCCUUACCUACUCACCCUGCCAGGAUGCACCUCUUCUUGUCCGCUUGAGAAGUUUGCUGAACUAGUUUCUCCUGUGAUUACAGAAAAUUGGUCAAAAGAAUGUGGGAAGAAAGACAAAAUGAAAGAUAUUUUUAUCGGAUUUGACGUUGCUGUUGGCUUGUUGUUCAUUUUUGACCUUGUACUGCUUUACCUCCUUUAUCAUUAUGGACGCUGCAGGCGCAGAAACAAUUACCAAGACAUUUAA